UUUAGAACCUUGUCAAAACCUCACAUCCGGAAAUUAGACCAAGGCAGAAUUGAAGGCAGCUGAAGACUGCAAGUCCCAGUCUCGCCUUGCAAUUGCGAACAUAUGCAUGCUUUAUCAUGCAUCCCGCCUGCUUAAACCUUCCUCCGUUCUACCAGACGCCACGUCUUCAUUUUCUGCAAUUUUGCAAUCAGCUGCAGCUCGCGCUUGGACAAGACGUGCCGAAUACCAUGGCUCCGUUCUGCCUGAAAAGAAAUAUGCCAGGAUAUCGAGAAAAUCGCGUUCCGAUAAACCCCUCGCGCCGCAACCUCCGACAAACUCCCCAACACGUCAAAGUCAAGGCGUUAUACCCAUAGAUCCCAACACCCUCUCCAUAAUUGAUGCUACAUGGAAGGAUCCUGGUCGUGCGGAGCCAGUCUAUAUUCCUAAUCCUCCCUCACAAUCCGGUACCUUCGUCAGUGCUAGUUCCCUCACCGCCACCCCAAUACCUUGCCUACCAACUCCCACAUCUCGUGAGAUGUUCUAUCAAAAUCUUCUGGACAUGCAUAAUUACUCGCACUCAUCACUCACUACCCUCGUCAACUACCACUUUUCAAACACGCGUCUCCUUCGUUCGACUCGUUCAUUUAAUUUCUUGGUUUCUCUCGCGUUGAGACAAGCGGCUUUUGGCACUGCAGCGCGCCUUCUUGAUGCAAUGAAAGCCGAGUCGGUCCGCCCAAAUCUCGAAACAUGGAAAUUAACUGUCAGGUGGUUAGUACGCACUGGUAGAUGGGACGAGGCUUUAAGACGUGUCCAACGUGUUAUGAGACGAGAGCAGUGGUCAGAAGAUUUGGGCUUACACUCUGGAAAUCAGAGUGGAUUACCGUUACCUUUGUGGAUGGAGUUUUUCGGUUCUCUGAAACGCGGUGCUCUGCGACGGUGGGUUAAAAUUCCGCAACAGCGAGGCGAGCCUGGACGGAAGUUUGCAAGCUUCAGAUGUGUGGUCUUGCAAACGUCUACGCUCUCUGGCUCAGCGCAGGUCGCCCGAUAUCGUUCUCUCACGAAUAUGUUUCCACUCGUCGCCUCGCGCGAAUAUUCUCAGCUGCCACCAAGGGCCGUCUUUUUCAUCGUACAGGCCAUGAUUCAGUUGGGAAACCGUGGAAAGGCGCUCGACAUCACUUCAUCAUACUUCCAAUCGCUCCCCAGGAGACUCAGCCGCAGACAGCAGCACGCAGCCCUGGAUAUUAUCCACCUGCACAUCAGGGCUGUGACUGAGAUACCAGGGCUUGCCCGACAUUUCGCCCAGCGUCGUGUCAUCUCCAAAUUGCUUUCAGCUCACCCUGGGAUCCGACCAUCGUCAAAGACGCUGUUUCUAACCCUUGCAAGUCUCCGGCCUUGCAAACGGUGCGGGACUCUUGCAAUGAAGUGCCUCAAAGCCUUUCGCACGCGGUGGGGUCCCCGCACUGAAUCCAGCGUCGUCAGGCGGCGGAUCGCCAGUCUCUCCAUCAAAGAAGGACGUCUUGAUAUCGCCGCGGUUAUGCUCGAAUCUGAGCGAACACUUCGCGCGCAGAAGCAGUCAUGGCGGACGCAACGGGACAUUACGGGAGGGUCAUCCCCUCGGGCUUUCACUAGGUUACUCAGGCGGUCAACUGGAAAGGUUCUUCAUGGAAGGGGAGCCGAGAAUUGGAAAUGGCAGGCGUUGGAGAGGAAGCUUUCAACGCUGAAGCAAAGAAGAGUCGACGAUUGUGCAGUGACGUACCAAGUAGCCUAGCUAGUCCUUGUAGAUUCACUUGGAACUCCGAGGCGAAGUCAAAUGCACCCAUACAUAGAGAUGAU